AGGACUAGCAUACCAAGUCGAAGUUUGGUCAAUGUUGACAGAUUUUGAGAACUCGGGGUGAACUGAGUCGUGCGGCAGAGGCAGUGUUCAUCUCCACAUCGGUGUACUUAAAACAUGGAUCGCUUGCUACGACUUGGAGGUGGUCUGCCAGCCCUUGGUCAGGGACCACCACCCAAUGAUGCCCCAGUUCCUGAUACUGCUGAACAAGUUUACAUUUCAUCCCUGGCACUGCUAAAAAUGCUGAAGCAUGGACGAGCUGGGGUGCCAAUGGAGGUUAUGGGCCUCAUGUUGGGGGAGUUUGUUGAUGAUUACACUGUUCGAGUAAUUGACGUUUUUGCCAUGCCUCAGAGUGGAACUGGAGUGUCUGUUGAAGCUGUGGAUCCAGUUUUCCAAGCAAAAAUGUUGGAUAUGUUGAAGCAAGUUGGACGGCCAGAGAUGGUAGUUGGGUGGUACCACUCGCAUCCUGGUUUUGGCUGCUGGCUCUCUGGGGUGGAUAUAAAUACACAGCAGAGUUUUGAGGCACUGUCAGAACGUGCAGUCGCUGUUGUGGUUGAUCCUAUCCAGUCUGUUAAAGGUAAAGUGGUGAUUGAUGCCUUCCGUCUAAUCAACCCAAACAUGAUGGUCUUGGGGCAGGAACCAAGACAGACAACUUCAAAUCUUGGCCACUUACAGAAGCCCUCAAUCCAGGCAUUGAUUCAUGGACUUAACCGUCACUACUACUCGAUCCCAAUUAAAUAUCGCAUGAAUGAAAGAGAACAACAGAUGCUCUUAAAUCUACAUAAGAAAUCAUGGAUGGAAGGGCUGACACUGCAGAAUUACAAUGAGCACAGCAGUCUCAAUGAGGACACAGUUAAAGAGAUCCUUAACCUAGCAACUGCAUAUAAUAAGAGUUUGGAAGAGGAGGAAAAAAUGACUCCAGAGCAACUUGCCAUCAAAAAUGUUGGUAAACUGGACCCUAAGCGGCACCUGGAGGACAAAGUAGAAGUUCUUAUGACGUCGAAUAUUGUCCAGUGUCUUGGUGCUAUGCUUGAUACAGUAAUUUUCAAAUGAGUAGUUUUAUUUUGAGGUUAUAGAAUAAUGAUUGGACAUAUACUUGAGGUUUAAUGUAAAGGAAAUAUUCUAGUAUGUUUUUUAAAUCAAGUUUUGUAUUUUCGAUUAAAUAUUUUCCAAACUUGUUGGAUUUUUGCUGAAUACCAAUAUUUCUUAACACCGAUUGUCCCAGUUGACAACAUAUUUAAUCAGUUUUAUUUAUUUAGCCUCCAUUUUGAACUAGACAACUGUUAUCCCCUCAACAGUGCUCAGUUUUUUAAAUAACAAUUGAAAAUUUCUAACUUCUAAAUUAUGUAACUUCUUUUACAUCUGUUGUUUAUCAGAAGUUAUAAGUAACCAUGUUUUGAUUAUACAGGACAUUGCUGGUGAAACAAAAAGAUAAGUUUCUUUUUAAUCUUAUUGUGUAAUCAUAAUUAAACAAAAUUAAAGUACA